GGAGAGACCGCUUGAACAGACGUAAAUAUUCUGAAUAUAGUCUUUCAGCAAAUCAGAGUUGCGAUCGCUCCAUGAUGUUUAUCCUUCUUGCAAUUGUUUUUGCCCUCGCUGUGACGAAAUGUGCAAGUACUUGUAUAUUGCCGGAGAUAACAUGUGAAACAGCAUGGGAACAAAUGCCGGACAAGUUAUACCAGGUAUUUGGCGACAAUGAUCCGUUUAACGAAGUAACAUCAUGUCGAACUCUAACGAAUAUACGAUCUAUAGGCAACACACAGCAGAUGAAAAUAAAUUUUACGAGUUACUCGGAAACGUUUGGUCACGCCUCUUUCAAUGGCGUUUUUCAAAAACAAAAUACAGGCAUCUACAGAAUAAUCAUAUCAGAAGAAGCUCGUGAAGACGUAAAACAACAUGACAAAUUCAUUAUUGAAGGGAAGAAAACAGGGAACCGCGUUGAUUUUAAUAAAGAAUUCAAUUCAUUCUUGGAUAUGGACCAUGUCUUUUAUUCGUGUGAUGGAAAUGUGAUCAUCCAUGUUUGGUGCAAUGAAAAUGGAAGAGCGGUUGAAGUGUUCAAAGGGAGUACAAAGUCGACUGCUGAAGAUGCUCUCUAUGUUCACAAUACUUUUGCCAAGUGGAAGCAUGGAUGGGAAAAUGUAGAGCUUUACCCUUCUACAUGCAAAUAAAUUUGA